AUGGAUAGGUUGAUAUCCUCGACGUUGACUAAAACUCUGACUGUACCGGAAGAAAUAAUUACCGUACAAUUGCCCAAGAAGGUAGGCGGAUCUUCAAGAUAUCAAAUGGCUAUAAACUCUGACGAAUACUUCCGUCACGUGGUCUUAUUGCGACGACUGAACGGACAUGUUCUCAAUGAGGUAUAUCUGAUCAACGAUGCCCAAAAGGCACAAGGUGAACAGACUCUCGCCAAACUGAGAAAUCAAAUCGAUGACUGGUUUCACUCCACCCCUCGUUCGCCUGAGGACGGCUCGUAUAAUCCUUUCUUGAAAUUAUGUUACAAUCUCCUGAUAACCGCUCUGUAUCGACCUUCGCCGUUAUUCUCUCAUACUCAUCCAUCACGCAUGUCUCGCUUACGGAAGUCGGCCUCAAGAGCGAUCGAUUUAUAUGGUCAGCUUUACGCACAAAAACGAUGCGCCGAGAAUUACGUUCAUCUAUUCAAUAUUGUGACUGUUUCAGUCACUUUGGUAUACACACUGAUAGAACGGGAGGGUGACGAUCUGAAUCUGGAAAUAUCUUCUUGGUGCAGGGAGGCGGUCAGACAAAUGGUCACCUGUGAGAAACUGAUAAAUGAUUUCUGUAAAGACUGGCCUGGAACUGCCAAGUAUCGGGAGGCCUUUAAUGCCUUAGCGAACGAGGUCAAAACGAAGAUGAAACAUUCUUCUCCCUCAACGGGGACGGAAACAGAUGACAGAUCGCCAAUGCAAGCUCAAUCACAACCUCUCGAUAUUCCGUUUGACCCUUUCGUGCAAGCCAAUACUCAAACGCCGCAGAUUCCGCAAGAUAUAACCAUUUCAACUCAUAUACCCGUAUCUGGGACAAGCGCUACUUCCACAAGUGGGCUAGCGCUCUCCCCAACACUGUUUGAAGGCUUGGUAGACACUGCUCUGUGGAAUCAGUGGACGCUACAGGACAAUGGCAUAGUGGGGCAGGUGGACCCGGAAAGGACCGAAGAUCCGCUAGGGAUCAACAUGUCAGGAGUCGGAAUUGAUGCUUUAUUGGCCAGUGUGGGAUUGUCUGCUUUUACGGAUUUCGAGUGGGAUUCAAACUCUCAAUCGCGUUGA